GAUGAAAGUCCGUGGACAGACGGGUAGUGAACACUCUAGCUCUGUGGAAUGUUUUGUGUCUCUGUGAUUCUUCCUCUGCUUUUCGUUAGUCUCGUCUUCAGACUUCCAACGGCUCCAACGGCUCCAACGGCUCUACCAACGGCUCUACCAACGGCUCUUUGCUUUGCGGCUUGUCGCUGAGUGAAACUUCAAACGGCUGCUGCUUUGUAUCCGUAUCCAUAAUCCUCUGUCUCUCUCUCUCUCUCAUCUCGACCCUUCAAAAGUCAACGAUAACCCGCCGCCCAUCCGCGCACCUCCGGGGGCCGACCAUCGACCACGAUUCCGCCGCCCAAGAUCGACGACGGCUCAAGGGACGUCGACCCCGUUUCGUUCGCCAUCAUGGCCAUGGGAAUCCAGCAGCAGCAGCAGCAGCAGCAGCAACAGCACCACCACCACCAGGGCGGCUCGCCACCAAUGUUCCCCGGCGACUUUGUUGAAUACGGCCAGCAGUACGACCCGGCCAGCGACGCUUCUUCGCGCCAGCCGCGGGAGGGAACGAGAGGCGGCCGCUACCGAAGACCUCGCUCGCCCUCGCUCGACGACGACUCCCGCUUCACCACCGCCGGAGGUGGAGGUGGAGGCGGUGAGGGCCCGCGGACACCGAACUCGGACGCCGCGUUGCAUGACGCCGUGCUCGCGCAGGCACCCCAUCAACAGCAGCGAGUCGUCCCAACAGGCCCCGUCGCCCGCGCCAACCAACCCCGCGCCGCAGGUCCCCGGAGCGGUCCGCCGUCCAUGGCCAACGCCUCGCAGAACCGCCGCUCCCAGCCGCCCCCCGUCCAGUCGCAGCUCCCGCCCUACGCCGGCGAGAACCCGGACGAAUGGAGCCCCGCCACGAGAGAGGCGGCAGCCGCCGCCGGUGUCGGCCCCGGCGCAAGUAACGGCUAUUCUCGCCGUCGUACAGAGCGCCACGCCCGCCGCCAGUCGUCCACGGGGAGCCGCGCCGCCCCGGCAUCCUCGGAAGCGCUGCCCUCCUCCUCCAUGCCCCAGAUGAGCGGCGGCGCGUCCCCCCGCGGCGUCCCUGAAACGACCCUCACGCCCCCUCGCGUCGCGUCGCAGCACCAGCAGCACCAGCACCAGGUCCCGAACCCGGGCGGCCUGCGCCCGCCCUCGCCCCCUGGCGGCGGCCUCGGCGACGAUAUCAGCCGCAUCCAGAGCCCCAGCAUCUCCAAGAGCGUGCUGGAGCCGCUGCAGCGCAAGAUGCUCCAGUACCACAACCUGAUGGAGGACGCGCAAGGCCAGAUGGCGCAGCUGGACGAGGAGCUGCGCGUGCUGCAGGAGCGCCGCCGGCAGACGGAGCAGCGCUUCGUCGACGCAAAGGCCAAGCACGACGAGUACGAGCGCCAGCACCUCGACGUCGAGAGGGCUCUGCGCGGGGACUUCCACCCGCCGCAGCCGGCGCCGGUACAGCAGCAGCAGCAGCAGCAGCAGCAGUUGUACAAUAACAGCCCGCCGAGGACGGUGCCCAGGCCGGCCUCGAGCAUCAUGAGCUAUGACGACCGACCGAUGAGUGGGCACAGCUCGGUGCCGAGGAAAGGGAAGCUGCGGUUUAGUCUCUUUGGAAGGUGA